AUGCCCAAAAAAUCUCCCCCUCCCACCGGUGGUCCCGUGGAUGACCCACUCGCGUCCCUCCUUUCUUCCCUCCUGCCCACUACCCUCUCCCUGAAGCUCUAUCACAUCUCCACCCCAACUUCACGGUACUUUCCCCUCUUUAGCUCACCGCCGAACCAAGACCCACACCGAACCACCCUCGAAUCGCACUUCCUUGUGUUGUCCCAUGAAAACGUCCUGGUCUUCGCGAUAGAAGUCCUGAUCUACACCGUCCCCAAGCAACACGCUCGCACCUUCUUCAUCUCGAAAGCCGACAGCAGUGGCUACCUCCCUUCAAACAUCUCCUCCUUCGCCACUGAAACGGGAGAGCGAAAGUCCACGUUGCGCACCAUUUCAACUGCUUUCAUCAAGUACCUUUUUGACGCUGCGAGGAGGGCAGAUCCGCACUUGACGGCUACGAUAUCCCUCUUUGCAAGGAGCCAAUCGCAGUACUUGUUUCCGAAUUCGGCAGAGAAUAGCAAGAAGCAUGUUCUGACGGACCGGGGAUUGAUUGCCUGGUGGGGGAAGGUGCUCGACCCCGUGUUGCAGGAAUAUGCGUCGAGCGGCGGAAGGGGCUACCUGCUCGUUCCCGGAUCCGAUGCGGGACAGACUCGGUCCAUGAUCCCCAGUGUUGCGGAGGGCGGGGUGAAAUGGAUUAAUGGACACCCAUUCAAGCUAAAUCUUGACAACGACAUCUCCGUCCGAGAGGUGAUACCGCACUUCCCGGACGACCCCAAGGCGAGGUAUUUGGAUGAGUUGAAUGGUGUGGCCGGGUCUAAGGAUGCUGGCAUUGGCGGAGGCGGGAAGGUUAAGGAGCGUGCAGCGGGUUGGAGGGAUAUCAAAACGAUCGAUCAGUUCUGGGAAUUGAUGAGUUUUCGGCAGGAGUGCUCGCUUGGUCGGUGUGUUGGAUUCUUAUGGAUUGUUGUUGAGGGGGUCAAGAAGGAGCGGAAGAUGACUGCUACUGGCCUGAGCGGGGAAGGCAUUCCAGAAGAUGAGGUUGUGCUUUCACCCAUUUCUGCUACUGGCCCGACCUUCUCGGAGAACAUCCUCGGCGCGGCCGCUACCGCCAGCAACAGCAGUCAGGAGAUAUCACCAACAGAGAGUGUUGGCCCUCUUGACUUUACCACUACCUCCAUACCCCCACCAACGGAAACGCCGACACCAGCGUCAACCCCUCCUUCCCCAGCUUCCCCACGAAAGCGCCGCUCCUCCUCUACCACCUCCUUCCAACCUUCAAAAAAGAAGCUUCGAGCGCUAAGCUUUUCACCCGCCCCAUCUUCUGCCACCGCACCACUUAUCCCCCCGCUCCUGGCACUCGACGAAAAAGCGUACGUUAGGACCAUUGAUAGCCUACUAAACCAUUCUGAUUUUGGCGAUAUAGAGAGUGCAAAGAGGGGGACUAGAAAAUGGAUUGAGAGCGUGCAGCCUGGCGUUGCGGAGAAGGGGGAUUGGGGAGUUGAUGUUGUCGGGCUAGUGAAGGUGGUGGAGAAUGGCAGGGGGGAGAAUGGGAAUGGGGCUGGGGCCGGAGGUGUAGCGGUGAAUACACUCUCCGCGGGACUAGUUAGGAGGAAAAGCAGCACUCCAGGCAAUGGCGUGAACCUCCUCGACGCUGGACUGGUGAGGAAGAAGUCGAAAGCUGCGGAUGAGAAAUUACCAGGUGUGACGGAGGAACAGGAGCGGAAUGGCGUGAAUGUGCUCUCCGGGGGCCUCCUUCGGCGGGGACCGAAGUCGCGGGAGGGUGCGAAGGGGGAGGAGACUCACGUCAAUGCUCUCCCGACGAAUCUUGUCCGGAAGAAGCCGAAGGUUGGUGAAUGA